AUAAACCGAAUACAUCUGGUCACCCUACUUCAGUGUUACGAUCCGAAUUUGGAAAAUGUUCAUCAGCCAUUCAAUUUUUUGCAUUUAAUCAUUAAAAUCAUCCACAAAAAUAAUGGAUACCGCAUCAAAUACAUCAGGAACUGCCACCCAAAGCAAGUCUUGGGUGCGAUUAAAUGUCGGAGGACAGCUCUUUCUCACCACACAUCAGACUCUGAAUCGCGUUCCCAAUUCUUUCUUUUCCGUUUUGCUGUCGGAAACGGAGCUAAUUAGUGAUAAAGACGAAACAGGAGCAUUUCUCAUCGACCGAGACCCAAAAUAUUUCCAACCAGUGCUGAACUACUUGCGACACGGAAAGCUGAUACUGGAUGGCGUCUCGGAGGAAGGUGUGCUGGAAGAAGCCGAGUUUUAUUCGAUAUUACCGUUAAUUGUUCUGCUGAAGGAUCGCAUCAGUCGACGAGAUCAAAACCCAUCUUUCGAGAAAAAACGCGUUUAUCGUGUGCUGCAGUGUCAGGAGAACGAAGUCACACAAAUGGUGUCAACAAUGUCGGACGGUUGGAGAUUCGAACAAUUGAUAAAUAUCGGCACGCAAUACAACUACGGCGGCGAAGAAAAUGCCGAGUUUCUGUGUGUCGUGUCGAAAGAAUGUCUGAACGUGGGUCGCGAACAAGAAUCGAACGAUCGCGCCAAAGUGCUGCAACAAAAAGGAUCGCGGAUGUAA